UUCUCUAUGUGCAUAACAAAUUUCGUGCUUAUAAUUUCCAUAGCGGCGUGAAUUUUUGUAUAAAACAAUUAUACCAAAUGAUAUGUGAUUGCUUUACGUGAACAUAAAUUAAAGAAAUAUACUUUGUGAUAAAAGUGAAUUAGAAGUUUUUUCGAAAUGUCUGCCGGUUGCUCUCAUUCACGCCAAAGACAAUUUUUACGCUACGGCGGCAGCAUACAAGAAUUGCGUGAGCAAUUACAUCAGGAAAUCGAAAACAAAGUAAAACGUUGUUCUAACUCCACCUACGAAUGUUCAAUACCACGUGUUGACGGCUACGAAUACUGUAUGCGCCACAUUCUACAGGAUCCGUGUGGAAACUUUCGUCAAUGCACUUUUAUUUAUGGCAACGGACGUAAAUGUGCCAAUGCACUACAAAAGCAUGACAUAAAAAAAGAUCCUGCACUGACAACGCUCUGUUUCGAACAUAAUCGUCAAGCGCAGUUACAAAAAACGCACGCAACAGUUGGAAAAUUGAAGCGCACCGAUACCAAUGAAGUAUUGUUAAACAACUUAGCGCAUCACAUCAAUGUUGAGGAUGUGCAGCCAGAAGAGCCAAUUGCAGAGCAAGAUGAAGAAAUUGAUGUGGUGUCACCGCAUGUUGCACCAUUUGUUGCAUACGAUCAGGUAAAUAGCCUUAAUACUGCCUUAUCAAGCAUGCAGAAGAGAAGACGCAUCCUGGAUUAUGCAUCUGAUAGCAACAGCGAGGAUAACGAACAGCCCAGCAUAAGCAACACUGCGCGUGGUUAUGAAUUCAAUGAGUCCGACGAUGAUAGUGCAGACUCGGCACCUGAAGAUUUAUUAAAACAUGCUGGCAUUUACACACGUGAAGAAGCGGUGCGUAUUGCUGAAGCGAAACUCACAAAGCUGCAAGGUUUAUAUAUUGAUCAAAUCAAUAGUUUGCAUCACACACUCAAGGAACGCCGGCGUCGAUAUUUACAAGCUUUACGCAAGGAACGUGAAAUGUUAUGCAGCAUACAUGAUCAAUUAAAGGACUCGCCGCGCGAACGUAAACUCUACGAUCAACUGAAGGCGCUUAACACAUAUCAUCGCCGUUAUGGCGUUGAAGCAGUGCUGUAUAAGAAAUUCAAAGAAAAGCGUUCGCGCGCUACAGAUGGCUAUGCACAUAAAGGUCCGGGUUUUACUAAAUGUGCCUUCUCUGAGGGUGGUGUUAAGUGCGGUGAACGCGCAAUGCCAUGCUGUAAAUACUGCCGCAAACAUAUUAUGGAAGACAAAAAGCAAAUACUUUUCCGCGCCUGUGAGGUGGAGAAGAGCGGUGUUGUGUGCCAGGAACCAAUACCGUGCAUCUUUGACGAUGCAUCGACUUGUAUCUUGCAUUUGUCUAUGCCCGCCCGACGUCAAUUUAUACAAAAGAAAUAUGAAUCGGAAACUGAAGAGGACGAUGCAAAGGAAGAAGCCAAUUUCAAAUCGCCCAGUCAAACGAAUGUCAAAACCGAAAGUGCAGUUACAGCAUCACCUACACGAAAAACGGUACCCUCGCCGCAUAGUGAGCGAAACGCCACGACCUCAAAAGCCAGUGAAUAGAAAAAUAGUGUUCGUCUAACUAGUUUAAUUUUAUGAUAAAUGAUUUUAAUAUUUGAAAGAUAUAUUUUUAAUAUAUUUUUUUAAUUAGAAAAAUUUGCUUGAAAAUCGUUGCAAUAUUUACAUGACUAAUAAAGAACUAGUCGUUUUUAAA